CACCAUUCUAUUCUUUCUCAACACAAAAGCACAGCCACUGGAAGAUUCAUUCCCUCUGUUCCUUUUCAAUUAGCUAUAGCAGCAAUUCAUUUUUUUUCCUCGUAGCAUACAAACGAGCAUGCCGCAGCAGUAGAGUUCAUAUCUGUUCUUUUCAUUUCUGAACAAAAGCAGCCGCAUGAGUUUUCUUUUUCCGUUGGAUGAACAUAGUGUUAGCAAGCAGCAGUUCUUCAUUCUUUUAUUUGGAAUCAACCACACUAAAGAAGCAAGCAUUUUAUCAAGGUGAUUCAGAAGACAAAGUUGAAGAGCAGGAAAAGCCGCAUCUGCCAGACAAAAGUGGCAGAAGGCGCCCAAAUAGGCGCCCAAAAUGGCCGCCUGGUUGGCCGCCUGCGGGAAAAAUUAGAAGUCAACCUCGCUUUGACUCGGGACCAGGAAAAGACUGGAGGCUGCCGACACGAGGAAGAAGGCGGCCGCCCUCGGUGGACGCUUGCGGCACAAGGGGACGAAACCAACCACCGGUCGGCCAGACAGGACGGCAGGCGGCCAGACAGGACGGCAGGCGGCCGCCUGCUGGACCGCCUGCGGCGGCCGGGAUCCGCCGCGAUCCGAUUUGCCAACGAAAAGACGGCAGGCGGCCAUUUGUGACGGAAGGCGGCCGCCCUCUGUGGCCGCCUACGGCUGACGGGACCGGCCACGAUCCGCUGUCGGCGACGAGGACGGAAGGCGGCCGGAGAGAGGCGGAAGGCGGCCGCCUGGUUGGCCGCCUUCGGGGAAAUUUUUCCUAUAAAUUGCCCGAUUUUUGCUGAACUUAAAGACACCAAUUUCAAGCCCAAAUCAGAUAAAAAAGGGCGUCUUCUUCCUCCUCAAAGCUCGGAUUUCCACCAUUGUUGCACCUUCAACUUCAAUCUUUCAUAUCUUUCUCAUUUUAGCUCCAAAUUGUGAGUUCUUUAUAUGUAUUUUCAUCCUUUCAAUGAGUAGAAUCUGAAUCUGUACUUAGUUUUUUCUAUCUGUGCUUCUAAAAUUUUCAGAAAAUUAUUCCACUAUUUCGCAUUUUCUUCUUAAAUUUGAAUAAAAUAGUUGUUGACAUUAAAUCCAUUCCAAUUAAUUAUAUAGUUGUUUACUAUCCUCAAGGUAGUUAUUUAUCAAAACAAAGUUAAUUUUUACGAAGUGGAAGUAAAUUUUAAUUAAUUCCGGCAUUUAGUUGUUAUUAUUGCAUAAAUUAAAUUAAAUACUCAAAAAGGAAAAAAAAUAGUUUCUGUCCUAAUUCCAGUUAAUUCACAGUAAUAUCACUCCUAGUAUUCAAUAUAAAAUUUAGAACGAAUUUAGAAUAUUUGUAGUUGCUUUUUUUGUAUUUUCUAGUUAAUAUUGGGAAAAUUAUCAAUUAGUUGUUAAAAUUGGAUUUUAGGUUAUAAAAUUCGGGAAAAA